UGUCACAGCGCACCACGCCGCCCAGUUCCUCGCCAAACAACCCCCACACCCCUUUCCCUCUUACACACUAUAACUACAGCCGUUCCUCUAGCGCUAUGCCAUUCUAUACCUUGCUUCAUACGAUAAGUACUGCUCUAGGCUUCUAAUCCAAUACUAGCACUGUCUGUGCCGCCACAAUUUUUCACAGGCCCCUUUGCUGGCCCCGAGUUUCUUGGUCCCUUUCCCCUUAAUGUCUUAUCUCUCAUCUACUUGUCAAUCUCCUCUUACCAUUCUCGUUCAACAUUGUCAGUAAAACCCAGUUUCAAAGAUUUAAUCGUUCUUCCGAUGGACCAACUAAACGUGGGAUUCAAGAGGAGUGUGCCAGUGGAAGAAGAAGACGCCCCAAAAGUGGAAAAAGCAGAAAUCUUGCCAGUGAAAGAAGAACCAGUUGUAUUUCUUGAUGAAGAUGGCCCUUUUGGAAAUGUCAGUAGUAAUUUUAGUGGUGGCGGAGAGUUUAGCGAUGUUCCAAAACCGCUGCAAGGGCUGCACGAAGUUGGUCCACCGCCAUUCUUGAAGAAGACUUUUGAGAUGGUGGAUGACCCUGAAACUGACUCCACCAUUUCUUGGAGUUCCACCAACACCAGCUUUGUUGUCUGGGAUCCUCACAAGUUCUCUAGGGAUCUUCUCCCUAAACAUUUUAAGCACAACAAUUUCUCCAGCUUUGUUCGUCAACUCAACACCUAUCGGUUCAGGAAGACUGACUCGGACAGAUGGGAAUUUGCAAACGAGGAGUUCCAGAAAGGGAAGAAGCAUUUGCUGAAAAAUAUCAAGAGGAGAAAGCAACAUUCCCAAAUGUUGCAGCAUCAAGGAGCUGGGCAGCCCUGGCUAGAUUCUGCAAAUUAUAUAUCGGAAACAGAGCUUCAAAAACUGAGAAAUGAUCAGAAUACUUUGAAAUUGGAACUGCUGAGGCUCAAACAGCAGCAAGUGAAUACAGAGAACUACCUAGCCGCAGUUAAGGAGCGUUUACGGACUGCUGAGAGUAAACAAAAGUAUAUGGCUAUUUUCAUGGUAAAAGCUUUUAAAAACCCUCUGUUUGUUCAGCUUUUCAUUGAGAAAAUGAAGCAGAAAAGGGCGCUAGGCAGCGGUGAAGUUUCAAAGAAAAGGAGGUUGGCUGGUCCGCAAGGCAAUGAAAACUUGACGGAGGCCAUGAAUGCUGCAAAUAACAGCCUGGAUGCUACUCGAAAAGCUGUUGAUGGCAAGAACCUUCAACCUCAGGAUGAGCUUACCACAGUCGACCCAGAAAUCCAGAUACUCUUCUCGCCAGAUCAUGAAUCAAGCGGUCCCCUUCAGGAACAACUAGUCGGAGCUUCUUCGAAUACUUCUGAGAAUUUUAUACUGUGGGAGAAGCUGAUGGAGGAUGACAUGAUAUACGAGAACGAGCCAGAAACAGGUAAGUCUCAAUCCGAGAUUGUUCUUGAAUUGGAGAAUUUGAUUGCAAAGCCACCUAGCUGGGGUAUGAAUACGAAAGACCUGGCAGGGCACGCGAGUUACCCAGCUGGACUAAUGGCAUGAGCCCCUUGCAGGGGAGCGAAGGAAAUGCAGUGCUCUUCAUCUGACGAGAGGAGCCCAUUGGGAACAAUAGUAAUACCGAUGAGGAUGCACGAGCAACAAUUACAAACUUGAAGCAUAUCAUACUCCUCGAAACUGGAAAGAAAUUUGGGCAUAGGGUUCUCCAGUUCUAUCAUCCUCGUUUAUUCUUUUGUCAUCUUUCCAGUUCCUGGACUACUUGGGCUUACUUUCUUGUAUUGUACAGGCUUACCAUUUCCAGUUCCCAGAAAGGAGACCACGGAGCGAGCUCCGUCUCUUGGUAUAUAUAUAUAUAUAUAUAUAUAUAUAGUUUUUCUUAGUUUUACGAGCUAAUUCCAAGGUUCUUCAUCCUUGUUCUUGGUUGGAGUACUUGGGUUGGUGAGAUUAGUUUUAUUGUCUUCUUCUAACUACUAGUAGAGCACCUGGUUUAGUACACAUUUCUUUGCUGUAUAUCAUGAAACUAUUCUGGAAAAAUGAACUUUAAGUGCAACAGCUCAACUUCUGACUCUCUGAAA